GUUCAUUCUCAUUUCAAUAUCAUUUCCAACAUACAAUCAAUAGCCACAAAAAAUGACUGAAUCAGCCGGUGCUGUGAUUGGUAUUAACCUUGGACAAUCAUAUGGAUCCAUCGCAUGUAUCAAUCAACAUGGUCGUGCAGAUGUGAUUGCAAACGAAGAUGGUGAACGUCAAUUGGCAACAAGGAUUGCAUUUGAUGGUGAUCAAGUCUAUUUGGGCAAUCAAGCUACACCUCAAUUGGUCAGAAAUAGCGCAAAUGUGAUUGAUAAAUUCAUCAAUUUGCUUGGACGUUCUUACAGUGAACUUUCUGACGCUGACAAACAGAGGAAUUCUUCACCUGUCGUUGAUGUGAACGGAGUACCUUCUUUCCGCGUUCAAAUUGAUGGAAAAGAAACAGUCUUGUCUGCACACGAUGUUGCAGUUCGUUAUAUUCGAUCUCUCUUUUUGACCGCAAAAGAUUUCUUGUCAGGUGUUCCAAUCGCUGGUGCAGUUUUGAGCGUUCCAUUGAAUUAUUCUCCUAAACAACAAGAAGCUCUCAAAGCUGCUGCUACCGAAGCUGGUUUGAUCGUUUUACAAUUGAUUCCUGCACCUGCCGCUGCAUUGACUUCAUACAAACUCACAAGCCCUCAAGGAUCUCAAUUGCCAAGCCAUCCUGAUGGUGAAGAAGGACAGGCCUAUUUGCCAGGAUCUGAAUUGGACCGUACUGUACUUGUGGUGGAUGUAGGAGGUACAUCAACAGCCGUCACUUUGGUUCAUGCAAGAAGUGGUUUGUACACAUUGUUGGCUACCGAAAUCAAUCCUUCGGUUGGUGGAAUCACGAUUGAUGAUGCAUUGGCAACAUAUCUAUCCAAAGAAUUCACAAAGAAGACGAAAGUUCCGAUCGAGGCAAGCAAUCAUCGUGCUUGGGCUAAAUUACGCAAUGCUGUCGAACAAACGAAACGUACAUUAAGUGCAAGUAAUAGCGCACAAAUCAGUAUAGAAAGUUUGGCAGACGGUGUUGAUUUCAGUAAUCCGGUAAACAGAUUACGAAUUGAUAUUUGCGCAAGAAAGGUUUGGGAUGAAGUUCAAUCUUUGUGCACGAAAGCAUUACAAAAAGCUGGACUGCAAUCUGCUCAUGUUGAUGAAGUGAUCUUGGUUGGUGGAACAUCACGCUUGCAAGGCUUGAAGGAUAACCUAGAAGCAUACUUCCCCGAACGAACGCAUUUGACGGAUUCCAUUGAUGCUGAUCAAGCAAUCGCUCGUGGUUGCGCUGUUCAUGCACAAGCAAUCGCAACAACAGAAGAAUCUGCACCGGAACAUCGUCAUUUGACAAGCCUUCCAUUGGCCCAUCCAAGCGAAAUUAAAGAACUUCAAGUUCGCUCAAUCGCAAAGCCAAUCGGAUUGGUGGUUAACGAUCCCAGCACAAGCGGCUCAUCUUUAUCAAACGGAAAUGCCGAAGAAGUGAACAGACGUGUGAUUGAUGGUAAAUUGUUCGUUCCUCUCAUUCCAACCGGAACACCUUUGCCAGCAAGACGUGCAUUCACCCUUUCCGUUCAAGGCAGCAGUGCUUUGAUCAACCUAUACGAAGGUGAAGAAUCCGUUCGAGUUGACAAAGUUGAAAGACCAAAAGAUGAAGAUGAAGAGGAAGAUGAUGAAGAUCUUGAUGAAGAAGAUAAAUACAUCGAAGUUCGUACAGUGGUCACCAAACCAUCAAAAGAAUUGGCAAAAGUCGUCGUUCCCAAAGAGGCUAUCCAAAAGAAUUCUGUUCGUGUCGAAAUUCGUGUUUCGACAGAAGGCAAAGGUUCCAUUUUGCUCGGUGAAGCAAAGACGUUAGCAUUGCAAUUUUAAUUGCCCACUUCCUUAUAUAGUGAACUCUUUAUGUGUUCGCACAGCAAUGUUAUGAUGUAAUAGAAAUAUGAUGUUGAUUUCAUCAUGCUGUC